CUCCAUUUUAUUUCAUUGUUUGUGUGUGUAAAGUUCUCAGUAUUGUGAGUGUACUGCAAAGUACAGUUCAGUUGUAUUUAACUUUUACAAAAUGCAUUAGCAGUAAGGACAUUUGAAACAUUUGUUCAGGUGUAAUUAUUAAUUGACCUAUGUUUCUAAAUUUAAGCAGUGUUAAAGUUCCAACAGUGCAUUAUUUGGCAGCCAAAAUUGUCCCCCAGGGGCAAUUAAGCCCACCCACCCCUCGAGUCCCGCCCCUCUUUGUCAGCAAAAGUAGAAAUACAGCAAGUCACCUUUUCAACUGCUGGCAGCUCCCCUCUCAGGGAGUCCGCAGGACCCCCCAAAUUCUGGUCACGUUUCAGCUCAUUUGAAUAUUUUUCGAAUAUUUAGAAUAAUUGGGACGUUUUGUUGAAGCAGCUUCCGCUGAGUUCAAGGAACAGUUUGACGGCGCUCCCGUGUGUAUGUUUGAGUGCGUGUCGCCAUGGCGAUCAAAGCGGCACUUCCCAAAUAUGAGCUGUACGUCUAUAACACUGUUUUGGCUUUGGCUCUAAUUUGGUCGACCUGCUGGGUCUUUGAUGCAUCUACUUCAAACACAAACAGAAAAACAUUUCGGUCCAGCGUGAAACCAGGAUGGCACUACUUUGGCCGGAAAAUGGACACGGCGGAUUCCGAAUGGGCCAUGUGGAUUUGGACCUUCCGGGCUCACAUAGUCUUCGCACUGUCUGGACAUGUACUGUUCGCCAAGCUUUGCUCCAUGCUGGCCCCUCAGUACAGGUCCCUGGUGUACAUGGGGUACGGGAUCCUGGCGGUGUGGACCAGUAUGGGUUGGACCUAUGUCACCCUCAUCCUGUCCCACUGCAUUCUGCUCUACAGCAUCUCACUGGUUAAGAUACGCUGGCUGUGCUUCGUCACAGGCUUUUGCACGCUAGCCACAUUUAAGUGUCAGCCCUUCCUGUCCUGGCAGGCAGGUUUCGUGACGGGCGACUUCGACCUACGCCACAUUCUCUUCUACGGUGGCUGCGGCUUCACAAUCAUGCGCUGCAUCAGUUUUGCCUUGGAGAACUGCGAGCGCAAGGAUGGUAACUACAACAUCCUGGAACUCCUCAAGUACAACUUCUACCUACCUUUCUUCUACUUUGGGCCCAUCAUGACCUUUGACAAGUUCUAUGUGCAGGCCAAUAAGUCAGACCUGAGCAGGAAGGAGCGGGAGAUGUGGAACAUCAACAUGCAGGCCGUGACCCACCUGGCCAUCAUCCUGGUCGUGGACGUCCUCUUCCACUUCCUGUAUGUUCUCACCAUCCCAAGCGACUUGAAGCUACUCAAGCAUCUCUCCGACUGGGCCCUGGUUGGCGUGGCCUACUUCAACUUGCUCUACGACUGGGUGAAAGCCGCCAUCAUGUUCGGGGUCAUCAACACCGUGUCCAGGCUGGACCACCUGGACCCGCCCAAGCCGCCCAAAUGUAUCACCAACCUUUACGUCUUUUCUGAAACACACUUUGACCGAGGGAUCAACGAUUGGUUGUGCAAGUACGUAUACGAUUAUCUGGGCGGUAAGCACGACGACGUGUUGGCGGAGCUGCUGGCCACGUUGUGCACCUACGCCGUCACCGUCCUGUGGCUGGGACCGUGCAAGGUGGUCUUGGUCUGGGCCUUCUUCAACUGCUUUGGGCUAAACUGCGAGAUGUGGGCUGCCAAGUUCUUCUCCAUGGAGCCUUUUGCGUCUUUCGAGAAUGCAAUGUCAGAAGCAAUGUCCCGCCGGAUCCGAGCCUUCGUCUGUGUCUUCAACUUCUGGAGUAUCGUGCUGUACAACACCCUGAUUCUCAACAGUUUGGACUUUGCCACAUUGGUUGCCAAGCGUCUGCUGCUCAAAGGUUUUCCAAUAACCACCAUGGUCGUCAUGUUCGUGACCUACUGCCUGAUUCAAGUGAUUAAGGAGCGGGAGAGGAGACAGGCCCUCAUCGAUGACCCCGAUCCGCUUCCUCCCACGACGCUAGACGGAGCCCUUCCGGCUGACCCUGCAACUCCCGCGCCAGAUGCCGCUCAACCUGUCGUUGAUCCCAGCAAGCAAAAAGCAGAGUAGAUGAUUGAUGCAUGUAUACAGUUUUGAGUUUCGUAAUGUCUUGAAUGACUUGAGUGAAAUUUCCGGAAAUGUCUGUCAUGAAAACCAAUAAAUUAAACACAAGAAGGUAAAA